AUGGAAGUUCAAAUGCACGCCCAUCGGCAAUUCCUGCGUUCAAUGCCUGAACUCGGGAACGGCUUGCGACAAAGAAUGCAAAAGCAUCCCGAAGAUGAAGUAGCGCCGCUCUUAGAUCUCGAAGAGGCAAAAACCGAGCGACAAACCAUCAAGCCACCCUUAGAUUGCGAUUAUGGCGGGUCACAGGCCAAAGAGCUGGGUAAGUUGAUUACAGCGAAGAAGAGACUUGAAUUUUGA